GUAGUCUUACGUCGCAUCCGCCAGUUCUUCGCUUUUGACUCGAUAAGGUUUUUCUUUUUUAAGUAAACAUGAGCGAUGUUCACGACCUGGUACUUGGUAUCAUCGACGAACUUACUAAAGACGAUUUUGAGCGUUUCAAAUUUUACCUUCAAAAUGUAAAGAACGAACAUGGUGGGACGAUCAAGAAAUAUAAAAUCGAGGACGUUAAACGGAACAAUUUAGUGGAAGAGAUGAUUAGUCACUUCACUAAAGAGCGCGUAAUAGAAAAGACGAAAUUUGUGCUGGAGAAGAUUCCUCGGCUCGAUCUCGCGGUUAAGCUGCCUGAAGUACCCAGUUCUGGCCGAAUAGAGUGCCCAGCAGAAACAACGUCAAAAAGGAAACAUGGAGCUGAGUGUGGUGACGUUUCUGCUGCAAAACAAGUUCAACUGAGCAAUCCGCCGGACAAUGGACUUCAGGAACAAGCCUCUGAAGUGGAUCAUACGACAUCUGGUUUGUGUAAAUAUGACUUGCAACAAAUGCGGCGUGGGCUGGUUUUGUGUGUCACUAAGGGCAGAGAAGGCUCAGAAGAAGACCUGAACAACAUCAGUAAAAUAUUUACGAAGAACAGAAUUGACUUUGCAAGAGUUAUUAAUCCCAAAGGAGAGGAAUUUCUGCCUAAAAUCAUGGCUUUUAGAGAUGAAAUUAAUAACGCCAGGGAAGAUACCAGCUGCAGCUUUGUUGUUCUCAUGUCACACGGAAACCAGGAUGUGAUCAAGGGAGUAGAUAAUGAUGAAGUGAAGCUCCAGAACCUGUUCACUCUCUUCAACAAUGAGCAGUGUCCGAAAUUGCAGAACAAGCCGAAAGUGUUCAUCAUACAGGCCUGCAGAGGAAGUAUAAAAGAUAAAGGAACACGUUACAUAGAUGACGACACUGACUUUGAGAAGGAGAAUGUUGUCAGGAUGCUGCCCACUACAAGUGACACUCUGGUGGUUUAUGCAUCCAUGCCAGGAUAUGUAGCCAUACGUAACUCAGUGCUUGGAUCUCGACUCAUCACUGAAAUGGCCAACAUCUUUGAAACCUUCUCUGACCGGCACCACAUCGUGGAUCUCUUUACUAUGGUGAAUGAAAGGCUUGUCCAUAAUUACAAUCGUAAAGAUCUGAAAUCAACUAUGGUAUUGGAGAGCACUCUGACCAGGGCACUUUAUCUGAGCUAAAUUAUGCAGUAUUGAUAAAUGCAGUUUUAGAUUUUCAGCUGUUCUUUUCUGAGUUUUUAAUGUCUUUGUAAUUUUGUAUGCCAGUAUGAGCAAUCCUACAUAAAAAACUCCAUCAAUAAAGUGCCUUUACA